ACAAAGACAGAUUCCACCCCUUCUGAUCCGCCUGUAUCAAUCAGGACACGUCGCUCGCUACUUUAUACGACCAUUUCAGGCAAUUAGCUCCACAGUUUCUGACGCCUGGCCCGCUUGCACUUCACCACCAAGACAUUUUGGCGAAUAGCGACGACUGCCUUCCAUAUUUCCCAAUCGAGGCCAAUUCUUUCUGACAUAACCACAUGGAUGCCUACUCCACAGGGCGACACAUUCUCUCAUCUUUCUCUACACUCGCUUUCGGAUUCUAAUCAUAUUUCACUUCUACCCUUGCACAACAACCAGCCAGCGUCACUGCACGGCCACGACGACGUCGAACUCGACAACCUCGACCAAACCAACCCACGAGCGAACAAUAGAUCCUCCCGAUCCAACGGACGACACGCGGGAAUACACGAGAGGGGUUGAAAAGACACACAACACCUGCUACACGAGGAUUCAAGCUCCGAUAACACCGACUACGACUCGGACGAGCCCAUGGGCGCCCGAAGCCGCCGCACGAACAAGGAGCCCGCCUCCGCGCUCUCGGCCCCCACGUCAGCCGGGAACGGAGACGCCGACAUGAACGGAAACGUCGAGCUACGGCGCAAGAAUGUGUCGCUGGACUCACCGUCUGUGACGGCGAACCUCAUGGCGCGGGAAUCGUUUAGCCUCGACCAGCACGUCCCCAUCACGCCAGCGCCUUCCAAUAAUGGCUUCUUUGAGCUGCCGAUGCAGGACCGGAGGAAUUUUGUGCUGUUGGUGAUCUUAUACUUUUUGCAAGGUGUGCCGAUGGGAUUGGCGACGGGGUCAGUGCCGUUUUUGUUGAAGGCGCAUUUGUCGUAUGGCCAGAUUGGGAUUUUUAGCUUGGCGUCGUAUCCUUACUCGCUGAAGCUGCUGUGGAGUCCUAUCAUUGAUGCGUGUUGGACGCCGCGGCUUGGGAGACGGAAGUCGUGGAUUCUGCCCAUUCAGAUGCUCUCUGGUUUCGGGAUGAUCUGGCUAGGCGCGAACGUUAAAGCAAUGAUGGUCACAGCAGGACAGGAGGGCGGUGGCGGUGUUUGGGACUUCACCGGCUGGUGGUUUUUCCUUGUGUUCAUGUGUGCAACACAGGAUAUUGCUGUUGACGGCUGGGCUCUCACGUUGCUGUCGCCACAAAACCUGAGCUAUGCGUCCACCGCGCAGACCGUCGGCUUGACAGCGGGACAGUUCAUGUCGUACACUGUCUUCCUGGCAUUCAACUCGCCAGAGUUUGCGAACAAAUGGUUCCGCGCCUUGCCAUCCACGGAAGGUGUUAUGACACUUGGCGGCUACCUGGCAUUCUGGGGCUGGGCGUACUUGAUCGUGACGAUGGGCCUCGCAUUUCUAAAGAAAGAGGAGAAGACGAAGAACGAAGACGGCAUCUGGGAUGUGUAUAAGGUUAUGUGGAAAGUUUUGAAGCUCAAGAACAUCCAGACCAUCAUCAUCAUCCACUUGAUCGCCAAGGUUGGCUUCCAGGCUAACGACGCCGUAACGAAUCUCAAGCUUCUCGACAAGGGCUUCAGCCAGGAAGACCUGGCUUUGACCGUCCUCAUUGACUUCCCCUUCGAGAUCGCCCUCGGCUACUAUGCCGGAAAAUGGAGUACAAAAUACACGCCCAUGCGGCUGUGGAGCUGGGCCUUCGUCGCACGCCUUGGUGCUGCCGUGAUCGCCCAGUUGACUGUCAUGAUAUUCCCAGCAAAUGGCGUUGACACGUCGUACCUGCUUGUCGUGAUCGCGUCGCACAUUUUCAGUACCUUCACCAACACCGUCAUGUUCGUGGCGAUUAGCGCCUUCCAUGCGCGCAUCGCGGAUCCGGUCAUCGGAGGGACGUACAUGACGCUCCUUGCUACGGUCUCGAAUUUGGGUGGUACCUUCCCGCGUUUCUUCAUUCUCAAGCUCGUCGACCAGUUCACUCAGGCGACUUGCGUGCCACCUGUGCCCGGCUCAACGGCCUUAUCAGCGGCCCUCAAGUCGCCGCUCGUGACUGAGGCGUUCAGCUGCGCGUUGGAAGUAGAUAAGCACCGCUGUAUUGACGGCGGUGGCGUGUGUAAUAUUACGCGUGAUGGAUACUACAUCACAAACGUUGUCUGUGUUAUUAUAGGAGUACUCACAUUCUGGGGCUAUAUUAGGGAGAGGGCGUUGCAGUUGCAGGCGUUACCUUUGAGGGCGUGGAGAACGGGGGGGCCGACGGGGCAGAGGGGAAACUAGUGGAUACUGAAGCUCGUGUGGGAGAAAGGAAUGGUAUAUUAUUUUAGACAUAGAGAGGAAU